CCUCCAGCUGCAAAUUCGCACACAACAUGACCGUCGCCGGCGGCGGCUACGGCCAGAACCUCGCGGCCUACGGCUCCUCCGGCCCGGUCUCGACCUUCUCCCCGGCGCUCAUGCUCGCCAAAUCCAUCUCGACCCAGUGGUACUACGGCGAGGUCAACAACUUCCUGCCGUCGUAUUACGGCCUGCCGACCCCGGACCUGGCGAAGUUCGCGGGCUAUGGGCACUUCACGCAGGUCGUGUGGAGCGGCAGCGCGACGGUGGGGUGUGCGAGCCGGUUCUGUGCGGCGGGGACGGUUUUCGCUGGGGUCGAGAGUUGGUUUACGGUGUGUAAUUAUGUUGCUCCUGGUACGCUUCCCCCCCUUCCUCCCUCCCCUGUCCUGUGUGUGUCUUGUGGGGGUGAAACCUUUGGAGAAGUGGGGGUUUGGCUGAUGGUUGGAUGCGGGGGGUUAGGGAAUUACAUUGGGUCGUUUGGGAAGAAUGUGUUUCCUCCUCUCGGACUGCCUGCUAUCGGUCCCGUCUAGGUUUUAGGUUUCGCGGACCCCGGGUUCGGGGUUCUGAGUGCGUUCCUGGCGCGGAAUUUGGGUUUGUGGUGAUCCGUGAGCACCUCCUGUUUAUGGGAGAUGAUGGAUCGGUCCUCCGCUUGUUCCACUUAUAGGCGUGUCCCCUUCUCUGCUGUAUAUACGAGCAUCUUGUUCUACAUCCACCUCCUCACUAGAUGUGUUUGUUUCCUGUGCAGGAUCGUGGGGGAAUGACGCACUUUUAUUGUGUCUGAGACACAAGAGAAGAUGACUCGCUGAGCCUCUGAAAUAAUCGAAAAGGGGGCAGAAACUUCCGGGUAUCCUGAAAUCAUUGCAAGACCACUUGGCCAAAACGCUGCAUUUAAGCCAGAGCUAGCUCUCUCCGAAAUACUCAGGGUUCCUUGGUGCAAUAAAACGCAUACAUCCUGAGUUCUCCGGGACAGGAGGUGCUGCGA